AUGGGCUGUCAAUCUCUUUCUUGUUUACCAGCUGAUAUGUCAAGAUUGGUCAACCUAUGCUAUCUGGACUUUUCGAAUACAAAGGUGACAGAGAUGCCACUGCAAAUUUGUGAAUUGAAACGUUUGCAACAUUUAGAACCUGCCUUUCUUGUAGACCAUAAUGGCGGACGUAAUAUUAAAGACUUGGGUAAUCUUCAAGAUCUGCGUGGUUCUUUUUGGAUAAAAAAUAUUGAAAAUAUAAUAAAUGUUGGAGAUGUUUCAAAAGCCAAAUUGAAAGAUAAGAGGCAUAUUACAUGUCUUCGAUUGGAGUGGUGUGGUGAAACAGAUGAUUCAGAGAAAUCACGAGUGGUACUUGAAAAGCUUCAACCUCACACAAAUGUCCAAGACCUAAGAAUUUGGAAUUACCAAGGUACAGGGUUUCCAAGUUGGAUAGGGCAUCAUUCAUUUAGUCACAUAGUAUCUCUGUACCUACUUAAUUGUAAAAAUUGUUACUUGCUUCCGUCACUUGGACAGCUUCCCUCCUUGAAAGAUCUUAAUAUUUGGGGAUUAGAAAUGGUGGAGAGAAUAGGUGAUGAAUUUUAUUCCUGCAGCAGCACUAGUAUUGGUUCUUCUUCCAUGAUUAAUACACCAGUACCAUUCAAGUCCUUGGAAAUUUUAUACCUUGGUGAUCUAAGAGAAUUAAGAGAAUGGAAGGAGUGGUCUUUAAUGAUGGGAGGAGAUGUUGGAGGAAGUGAAGGUACUGGAGCCUUCCCACAACUUAGAAAGCUUAGUUUAAGAGAAUGUCCCAACAUAAAUGGGGCCUGCUUACCUUGUAAUCUUCCAUCCUCCACAACUCUUCAAAUCUUCUCUGGAUGCCAACAAGUGGUGGCUUCACUCCAAAGUCAUCAACUUCCAUGGCUGGGUGAAUUGCAGCUAAUUCGUUGCUCAGAGUUGGAGUCAUUUCCGCCACAAGGUGGAUUGCCCACCAAUAUCCAUACAAUUCAAAUUUUGGGUUGUGAAAAAUUGGAGUCACUUGCAAAAAAGGGAUGGCCUUCAAAUUUAAAGUCACUUGAAAUUUGCGAUUGCAAAAACCUAUUCAUGGACGUGGGUUCAUUUCCGGAGGAGGGGCAACUUCCAACAACUCUGACUUGUCUUAAGCUUGAAUCUCUUCCAAAGCUUAAAACAUUAAAUGGAAAGGCUCUUCGAGACAUGGUAUGCCUUCAACAACUGACUAUUGAUGAUUGCCGUGGGGUGCAAUGCUUGGUAGAAGAAGGGCUGCCCGAUUCUCUUUCUGAGUUGAAUAUCAUAUGGUGUAAUUCUCUAAUCAAACGGUGCCAGAGAGAUACAGGGGAAGAUUGGCCAAAAAUUGCACACAUCCCUCACAUAGAGAUCACGGCUGGUAAGUCAUUUCAAUAUUAA